AUGACUGCCCUACUCUCAUGCGUGGCGCCAGUGGUCUCCCCCGACGAGGACGCUGCCCUCAGCGACCUUUGCCACGCGGUCCUCGCCAACGCCACCGUCCGCCCGGCUCCGCCGUCUCUGGCCACCCUCGCCGAGCUCUUUGUCUGCGAGCCGUCCGUCGUCUCAUACCUCGACCGGCGCACAAAGCCGGAGCUUGCCCUCGACCUCAUUGCAGCUACCUAUGCUGGCGCCAAUGCUGCUGCACCCAAGCCGCUCCCGCCGCAGCGAGACCAGGACCAUGACCACAGCACCGCCGAACUGGCCGGACGCCCUGCUCCGCCCAAGCCGACCUCCCCGCCGCCGUACGCCCCUACAGACGCUGCAGAUGCUGCAGACGCAGCGGCAGCAGUCGCUGCAGACUCGCGCGCACGCUUUCGUGUCACUCGCGAUGCGCUCCUUGCAGACGUCUCGGCGACCCUCGCUGUCGAGUCCGGCAAGGCCGAUGUGACCUCUGCCUACGCUGAAGACGUCCAGGCACACGUUACAGAUCUGCUGGCUCAGCUGGAAGAGCUGACGAUGUCAAACGUCGAGCUUGCCACUGAGCGUGACGAGCUUGCUGCCGAGCGCGACCAGCUGGCCACCGAGCGUAACGAGCUCGCAUGUCGCAGCGCUCACACGACGAGCCUCAGCCUUGAGCUCGAAGACGAGCGCGAGUCGCGGUUCCAGCUGCAGGCUCGGUACGAGGAGCUCCGUGACGAACGCGACAGGCUUGCAGCUGCGCUUGCCGACGGCGGCGAGAGCGUCGUCUCGGGCACUUCCAGUGUCUCGGCGAGUGGAAGUGGAAGCGGCUCUUCGCGUGAUGCCACCGUUGCCUCGCUCCAGGCCCAGCUGCACCUACUCUCGUGCUCGAACGAGCAACUCCGCGAGUCAAACGCCCAGCUCCGUCGGCAGCACUACCUCUCGGAGAACUUGGUCCACAACUCUGCCGAGGCCCAGGCCCGCGCCGCUGCGCUCUCGGGCGACAUCGACCAGCUGCGGUCCGAGCUUCUGGCGCUGCAAGCGGCUUCGAUGUCGACAGCCGAUGCGCUACGCGACGAGCAGGCCGAGUCUGAGGCGCUGCGAGGUGAGCUCGCUCGCGUCCAUGACCAGCUCGUGGCGGUAACCGAUGAUGCCAACGCGUUCCGAGCCGCUGCCAACAAAGCUGCGGCACAACAUGCGGUUGACUCGGCCGAGCUUGACGUGCUCAAGUCACAGAUGGCCUCCAUGCGCCGCGCUGCCGCCGACAGCCGUGCGGAGCUCGCAGCUCUCGGCGCUGAACUCGACUCGCUCCGCUCGCAGCACUCGGAGUCGCAAGUCGAUGCCGCAGCAGUGGCGGCGGCGGCUGCGACCGCCGAGGCUCGCGCUACUGCUGCCACCGAAGCGCUGACUUUGGUUCAAGACGAGCUGACUUCCGUGCGGGCUGACGCCGAUGGCCGUGCCUCUGCUGCUGCCGCCGCCCAAGCGGCCGCCGAGCGCGAAGCAGCGUCGUGGCGCGACCAGGCCACGAGCCUCCAGGCCGAGCUCGCCAUGGCGCAGCGCGCCCAGCUUGCUGGGGAUGCUGCUACUGCCGAGGCUCGGGCUGCACUCGCCGCUGCCGAGGGCCGGCACGCCGCGGUCACCGCCGAGGCCGCCUCGCUCACUGCAGUCCUUGAUGAGCUUCGGGCCAAGCACCGCGCAACAGUCAACGAGCUCGGUGCAGCUCGCGAGGAACUUGCCAACGCCAACGCAUCCCUCGCUACGCCAUGCCGUGCUUGCAGGGAGAUGACUGCCCGCGCCGAGGACGCCGAGGCACAGGUGGAAGCUGCCAAGCAUGCAGCAGCGCAGUCCAAGACCGCGUCCGAGUCUGCGCUCGCCGCUGCACAGCAGCGCAUUUUAGACUUGGUUGCCCGCGCUGAGCUUGCCGAGCAGGCUGCCGCUGCGACCGGAGCUCGCGCCAAUGGACUGCAAGUUCAGGUCGACUCCAUGCGGGACGAGGUUAGUGGGCUACAGAAGGCACUUGCGGCCGCACGUACCGCUCGCCUCGAGGCCGACAACGCCGCUGCUGAGCUCUCGGCGUCGUCUGCGGCGGCUUCGCGGCACGCUGCUGCCGAGCUUGAGCGUGUCUUGGAGCAGCUGGCGACUGCCGAUAGCCGUGCUGCCAGUGCCGAGGCUCGCGCCGAGUCGACGGCUGCCGAGCUUGCAUCGCUCGCCGGCGUGCUCGAGAGUCGCACCGCCCACAUUUCUCAACUCGAGGCCGAUCUUUCCAGCGCCCGCGCAGAUGCCGAGUCUACGCAGGCUGAUGCUGCCGCUGUCGAAGCCAAGCUCGAGGUGGCGACCGCCGAGACGAAGCGGCUCGAGGCCCAGCUAGAAACACUCGGCCGUGCCCGUGCUUCCCGCAGCGGCUCCGAGGAUGCCGAGGCGUCGCCCGCCUCGGGUGUCUCACCGCCACUGGCACCUCGCGGGCCAGCGAGCGGAUCCAUUGGCGAGCUGCAUCUGGCCGAGCUCUCAACCGAGGUGGAGAAGGUCCGCAGUGAGCUCGAGUCGAUGGGCUCGUCGACGGCAGACCUGUCUCAGCUUGCGCGCCGGAUGGAUUCGGCGCUUGAGAGCCUCGCCGCGUCGUCGCAGGCCAUGCUUGCGCGCGAGUCCAAGGCUCGGAUGGGCGACGAGCCGGUUUCAGUGCUUCGCGAGUCGCUCGCGGCGUCGCGUGCUGCCGAGCAAGUGCUCGCCAUGAAGGCCGACGUGCUCUCUGCCCGAGUCUCCGAGCUUGUCGAGACCAAUGCGCGCCUCAAGGACUCGGUGGCCUCGUCCGAUGGACGGCUGGCGAGCUUGACCAGCCAGCUGCACGAGGCUCGUCUCGCCGCCGCCGAGUCGACGGCCCAGGCCCAGAAUGCUGCCUCGACCAUGCGCGCUGUCGAUGAGCGGGUGGCCCGCGCCGAGGCGGAGGCGCGUGCUGCGCGUGACGCCGCUGGUAACGCAAAGGUUCGCGAGGCCGAACUGAAUGUGCGGCUGGAGAACUUACGCGAGAAGCACGAUGAGCUGACGCGUCGGCUAGCGAGUGCGACCGAUGCCCUCGUUGAGGCGCAGACAGCUGCAGGUGUGAGCGAGCGCCAUGCCGCGACAUCCACUGCCGAGCUGGCUGCGGCGCGUGCCCAGCUCGACGAGCUCCGUCGGGCUUCUGACGCGAACCAGACCGAGCUGCGGCACGAGGUCGCGACGCUUCGAGGACAGGUCGAUGCCGGACGAGAGACGCGGGUGACGCUCGAGGCCGAGCUCGAGCGGGCUCGUGCCGAGCUCGCCGCCCACUACGACGCAAGCACCGAGGCUGCUGCUGCGGCGGACCGCAUCCGCGCGGAGCUCGACUCGGUUCGCGCCACACUGAGGACUGCCGAGGCCGAGCGUGCGAGCGCGGAUUCCCGGGCAGCCGCAGGCGAGCGCGAGACGCAGCGGCUUGCCGCCGAGGUGGAGCGUAGUGACGCCCGGGCGACCAGGGCGGAGGAAGUUGUCGCCCAGACUCGCGCCGAGCGCGACGCAGCUCUGGCCAAGGCGGCUGAAGCAAGCCCACUCCACGCCGAGCGCGAGGCUCGUGCCACGGUUGAAGCACGUGCGACUCGGGCCGAGACCGAAGUACGGCUGCUGACGUCCCGGAUCGAGCAGCUGGAGACCACGAUCGAGACUCAGAAGAGCGCGCUUGCCGAGUGCGAGGCCCGGAUCCGUGAAGAGCUCACAGGCCGGAAGGAUGCCCUCGCUGCACGCGACGCAGCUGCUGUCGAGGUGACCAUGGUCCGGCGCGAGCUCGCAGAUCGUACCGCGACCGUCGACAAGCUCAAGGCCAAGCUGCAGGAGGUUGACGAGGCCGGCCGACGCGCAAACUCUCGCGCACAGGAGCUGGCACUCCGUCUGGAGCUGGCGGAGCAAGGCAACGACGAGGCGUCGGCCUCCCGCGAGCAGACGAUUGCAGCGUUGACGUUGCGUGCUGACGACGCUGUUGCGGCGUCUGCCAAGGCACAGGAACGUGCCGCCAGUCUCGAGGCCGAGCUGAGGGAGGUGAAGGCGGCGACGGCGUCGUUCGAGUCCUGCCGCUCGCAACUCGAGGAGGACAAUCGUGUCCUCCGCACCAGGAUCAGCGAUCUCUCGGCACGUCUCGAGACCGAGCUGGGCAACCUGGAGCGACUGCAAGGUGCUCGCGAAGAGGCCGAGGCCGACGCGCAAGUUAAUGCCGAGGAGGCGGCUGAGCUGAGGAGUCUUCUCUCGGCCCGCGAUGCCGAGCUUGCUGUGGCGCGGAGUGAGAGCGAAAACGCUCGAAGCGAAGCGGUCGCGGCGACAGAGCAACUAGCCCAGGCGAGUCACGAGGCCCGCGAGGCAAGAGCACGACUGAUUGAGCACGAGCAGGAGCUUGUCCGCAGCCUCGACGAGGCUGCAUCAGCUGCCGCUGCCGAGCUGGACGAAGCAGUCCGCGCAAAGGAGGAGGAGCUGGCAGCUGCCAAGGCAAGUGUGGCGUCGCUGACGGGCCGUCUGGAGUCGAUGUCAUCCCAGGCUGAGGAGCUGUCCACGCUUCGUGCCGAGCUGAAGAGCUGCGAAGGAGAGCUUGCACAUGAACGGGCUGCUGCUGCGUCGCGGUCGACCAAACUUGCUGAGGCCCAGGCACGUGCCACUGAUCUGAAUACGAGACUAGAGGCCGCGGAGGCCAAGCACAUUGCGGACGCAGCCCAGCUUGCGUCGGUUGCUGCCAAGGCGGAGUCUCUAGAGGGACAGAGCCACGAGCUGGCGUGCGUCCGCGGUGAGCUUCGCGAGUGCGAGAAGAAGAUCGCGGAGCAGAGUGCGACGAUGUUGUCGCUGACUGCCAAGGUUGACGAGGCCGAGAAGCGGUUUGCAAGCAUGCAUGCCGACGCACAGCGUGCGCUGGAGAUCCGCGACCAAGAGGUCGCGCGGGCAAAUGCCGAAGCCGAGCGGAUGCAGAGUGCAGCGCGCGAGGCUCAGGCCAAGGCCGACGAGCUGCGAACGCGGCUGCUCGAGCGCGACCUCGGCAGUCCUCAGUGUGGCGAGGCGUCUGACGCGGCUAUGGCAAGAAUUGAGAAGGCUAUCAAUGCCAAGGAUGCAGAGCUGGCUAAGCUGUCACGGGAGGCACAAGCCAAUCAAAGCGCCGCCAUGCAAGAACGAAAGGAAGCGGAUGCGGCACUGCGCCAAUUGGAGCAGGAGCUGGCACAUGAACGUGCCCGGGUGACCUCGCUUAGCGCACAGCUCGAGGAUGCUACCAGUCGACUUGAGGCGUCGCGGAGUGAGGGCCGUGCUGCAAUUGCUCUCCGGGAUGAAGAGCUUAGCCGUGCUCGGAGCACACUGCAGGACCGCGAGCAGGCACUGGCGCAUGCAUCGGCAGGUGUGGCGUCACUGACGGCCAAGGCCGAGGCCACCGAGGCGCGGGUCGCGGAGUUGAAGACUCAGCUUGAGGCGGCGCAAGGCGAGGUCAGCCAGCUGCGGACCGAGCUGUUCGAGCGCGACCAAGCAAUGGCGCGCGCUCGCGGCGAGGCGUCAGAGCAGGCCAUGGUGCGAAUCCAGGCGGCCAUGGUCGCCAAGGACACCGAUCUUGAUGCAAUGAGGGAGGAAGCUGCGCGACAGGUUGCCAAGAUUGCAUCACUGGAGAGUCGGGUGAAGGAGUCGGAAGCUCGAUUCGAGCGGAUGCGAGCCGAGGCAGAGGCGACGAUGGAGCGUUUGUCCGGCGAGGCGCGUGUGGCGAGGGAGCGGCUGGCUAAGAAGUCUGCCGAGUGCGACCAGGUGGAGCAGGCAUUUGCGGUGAAGCGAGCAGAGGUCACUGAGACGACCCGGGCCCUGAAAGGACGCGAUCGCGAGAUUGAGCGGCUGCUCGCCGCGUUGAAGGAUGAGAAGGAGCAGAUUACAUUGCUCCGACAGCAACUGCUUGCCCGCGAUCAGGAGAUGGCACGGACGCGCGGCGAAGCAUCCGAAGCUGCCAUGGCACGCAUCGAGGCAACCAUUGCCGGAAAGGACGAGGAGCUGGCGCGGUUGGCAAGUCAGGCGGAUGCGAUGCGCUCUGAUGCGCGGACAGAGCGAGAGCAUUUGAGCCACGAGCUGAAAACAGCACAGGCGCUUGUGCGCGAGCAGGAGCAGAAACUGGCGCGGCAAGAAGUGGCUGUGGCGUCGUUGACGGAAAAGCUGACCGAAACACAGAACAAGCUCGUGAGCAUGCGGCGCGAGACCGAGCGUGACCUUGGUGAUCGCGACUCCGAGAUCACGCGACUGAGGGCCGACGCCGACGCUGCCGACGCCAAGGCGACCAAGCUUCGCGCCGAGCUUGACGCGUGCAGACAAGCCGCGAACCACGCGCGCGUUGAAGCCACGAAUGCAGCCGAUGCUCGGCUGCGGACCGUUGUUGCGGGCAAGGAUGAUGACAUUGCCCGACUCACGGCAGCGCUUGAAGCUGCAAAAACCGAUGCGGCGGCGCAUACGGGCGAAGGCGACCUCAGGCAAGCACUGGCCAAGUGCAAGGCCGAACUUACACAGGUGCGGCUUGAGAAGGAGGGCGUCGACAAGAAGAAUGCGAGAAUGGAGGUGGUUGUCGCGCGGCUGGAAGCGCGGCUGGAGAGCAGCAAAGAGGCAGCGAGCUCCGGUGCUGGGAUGAGCGCGGCAGUACAGGCGACACUAGAGACGCUGAAGACAACGAACGCGAGGCUGAUGGAACGUGCACAGGCCGAGUCGUCGCGCGCCGCAGCGCUCUCGGGUCAAAUCGAAGUGCUGAAAGAGAAUCUGAGCAUUGCACAGCGGGCGGCACGUGAGGCGUCGACUCGAGCGGCUGAUCUUACCGCCGAGCUUGCUGUGGCCAAGGCGAGUGCUGGCCAGUCACAAGACGACCAUAGUGCAACCAACGAGGAUCUGCGGCGCCAGUUGGAGAGCGUGGUGGCCAAGGUUGAGGAAGUGAUGGAGCGGCAAGUCCGCGGCGCCGCCGAAGGCGCUAAUGAGGUACGUGAGUCUGCCGAGUUCCCCCGUGUGAUGAGAGACGUGCGCGCAGGGAGUAGAGACGAUGGCCGGGCACAAGCCGAGACGGACAAGUUGGAGAUCGCCAGGCUCGAGAGUGAGUUGGAGUCGUCGGUGGAGGAACGCGAGGCCGCGCGCGAGGAUAUGCGGCGGGAAGUGGCGAGGCUCGAGAGCGAGCUGAGGUCGUCGGUGGCGGAACGCGAGGCCGUGCGCGAGGAUAUGCGGCGGGAAGUGGCGAGGCUCGAGAGCGAGCUGAGGUCGUCGGUGGCGGAACGCGAGGCCGUGCGCGAGGAUAUGCGGCGGGAAGUGGCGAGGCUCGAGAGCGAGCUGAGGUCGUCUGUGGUCGAGCGGGAGGCUGCUUGCGCCGAAACUGAAAGCGUGCGACGCAAGCUCGAAGCCGAGCUCCGUGAGGUUGCUCGCUCGCUCAAUGCUGACCGAGAGGCUGCAUUGGCAGAUGCUGCGACGCUGCGACGCAAGCUCGCUGAGAGGGCAAAGGCGCCAAACCGGCGCAUGGCCCAGCUGCAGGUCCGCCUAGAAGAAGCCGAAGCCGACCUCGCGACUGCCGAGCAAAGGGCAAAGGAUGCGGCGGUCGAGGCGGCGACGCUGCGCGAUGAGCUGCAGGAAGCCCGCGCAGGAGGGCGGUCGCACGCCAAGGAGCUGAAGGCUGCCAUGGUGGAGCUGCAGACACUGCUCGACCGCGAGCGCACCCAGCGGCGCGAAAGUGCUCGUCGCCACGCCGCAGAGCUGGAUGCCGAGCGCGCGGCUGCCACCAAGGCUCGACGUAGUGCUAAGGCCGCCAGUGCCAAGGUUGAAGACCUAGCGUCGCGUCUAGAUGCUGCAACUAGCGCCCACGCGAAGAACGAGAAGCUGGUCGCGGACGAGGUGACGACCUUGCGCGAGAUGCUUGAGCGGCAGCAGCGCCAAAGCAAGCGGACUGAGGCGGAGCUGCGCCAUGAGCUCUCUGGCUUCGAAGAGCGACUUGAUGCCACCAAACGCGAGCUCACUGCCGCGGCGACGCGUCAUACCUCGGAGCUGGAGGCCAAGACAAGCGAGGUGGCGGAGCUGCGGUACAAGCUGCGCGAUGCCCAGCGCGAUCAUGCGCGUCUGGGGCAAUUCGCCGACGAGGUGGAGCGCCUGAAGCAGCUCGUUGUCAUCGAGCAAGCGCAGAGAGCCCGACUGGCAGAGGAGCUGGAGAAGGCACGGCACGACGCAUUGCAGGCACGCGAAGAAGACGCAUUGGCAUUGUACGCCAUGCGGUCCGAUCUUAGUGAGGCCAAGGCACGUGUCGCACAGCUGGAGGCAUUGGGCGACCUAGAGGCUGCACUGAACCGGGCCAAUGAGGCCGAAUCUCAGCUUAUAGCCACGCGAAAGGCGAUUCGGCAGGCCAAGGCCCGAACGCACGAGCUGGAAGCGGAUGCCGAGUCGAGCCGGGAAUUGGCGCAACUGGCUGAGGCUGCGCGCGAGAAGGCAGCCAAGCGGGCACAAGAGAUGACGGCGUCGACAACGGCGGCAGCGUGCGGACGUAGCGGAGGAUGCCGCCGAAGCCGCCGAGGCCUUGGUCGCGACAUCCAUUACGGUCCGUGA